CUUUGAACACAUUAUUUGGUCCAUUUUCAAGAUUUUCAAGUGUUUAUAAACCUGCUUGAUCGUAACUAUUUAUGGAAUUUUAAAUUUCAUAACUGAAGAUAAAUAAGGUUGACACCUUAUACAAACCUCACCCAAAUUGAAAUAUAGGGAGAAGUUUAUGGAGGCCCGAUCAUAGAAAUUUGGGGAGAAGCUGUUCCAUCACCCAAAAAAUCUUGAAAUUAACGAACAGGUUUGUUGUGCUCUCGCGUACAAGACUAACUUGGAAAGAUGUUUCUGAUCCAAAAAUUUGGGAAGCGCCUAAAGAUCACCAGAUAAUUAUAUUCAAAAGAAAAAAUUUGAAUUUUUGAGUUUUUUAAAUCCUAGAUCUUUCCCUUCAAAAUAUGGAUAGCUUCUAUUCAAUCUUGAGGUAUUAUUUUGCCAGCCCAUAAAGUGCAAUUUGGAUAAAAAAUUUGCAGCAUAGAGGUUAUAUCCCCAAAAAUUUGGGGUCCUAAAAAUACUACCGAGGUUUUGUUUUACCUCGUGAGCAUGAAAUCUUUUGGUGAAAUUGAUUUUGUACCCCUUCUAUUAUAAAAAAAGAUUUUAACCUUUAAAAAAGUGGAUAUAGUGAUAUAUUAUCAUUUCUAAGCUUUCAUAAUUCUUUGCAUUUCUUGAGAUUUUAGUUUUAUAAGUAGGGGCAGCAAUUGUUUUUUAGGCUAUCUUAAUGGUUUCUACAAUUGAAACUCAACUGUGGCUCUACUUUUGUAAUAGGGAGUGAAUAUAUGGAAACGUUUAUCUAAGUGCGAGGCCCUAAACCGUCAAAUUAAGGAGUCCUCAAAACGCGACACGUUUCUCGCCGCGGCGAGGCGACAUGGAGUCGGGACCCACUGGAAAUCUAUCUGGUUAUGCGUACGGAAGCGUGUACGUCGUUGGAAUAUUCCAACCACCGAAGGCGAUGCAACCCUAUGACGUCAUAAACACUGAGGAGGCAAGAUUGGGGUCGUCCAGCGUCAUGGCCUGCUCAGUGCACAAGCGCUCAGCCUCUGAUACCACCUUCACCCUCUCCCCUCUUCCUCUCACCUAUGACGACUACAACUGCAACAAGAUCCCCAAGACCAUGCCAAGGCCCACGCCCACCAAGCCAAAGCCCACUCCCAAGCCCGACAACAUCUUCGCCUUCCACUCCUUCGGAGAGCCAGGGCGCCCCGCCUCCUUCUCAGGAGCUUUCCGGGACAACGUGCGUGACUUCUUGGCCCAUUGGGCCCAAACCUUGGCCCACGAAGUCGAGGGUAACCCCGCUUGGCUUGUAUACUUGGCCCUGUCUCAAGAAACCCUAAUCCCUCUCUAUGUGGUUGAGGAGCACGUGCGCAAUUCCCCCUGGCCCUACUGUGACCAUUGUCGUUGUGUAGGUUGGAGCCACCACCUGGUCUCGUGGCGUCGCUACCACUUCAUAAUCCCUGCCUCCGACCAAUCCCACCACCUGCUCCCAUCUCGCUUAGUCCUUGGCCGCAGAACCCACCUCCUCCACGGCCUCAUCCACUGCAGCGGCUUCGGCCACCUCCUCUCCCUCAAUGGCCAUGAAAACGGCUCCAAACACCUCUCUGGCCACCACACUAUGGGCCUUUGGGAUCGCAUUUGCUCCAUGCUUUGCACCAGGAAGGUGACAGUUGAAGACACAGCGCGCAAGCACUCUAUGGAGCUCCGUCUCUUAUACAGUGCGGCCUAUGGCCACCCAUGGUUUUGGAGGUGGGGCUACAGUUUUUUCCAUGGAAGCUUUGGCAUAACAGAGAACCUCUACUUGAUGGCCGUCAAGAUCCUGAACCAGCUUCCCCUCCACAUGCUUGACCCCGAACACCAAGACCCCCACCUGCAUCGAAUCUUCGAAGCCUACAAUACCACCUGCAACUCAGAGAUAUCCACUCUGGGCAAGCUCUUGCACACCAUGCUCCAGCUUAAGGCCCGCCUCCCUUGGCAAAAGGCAGAUGCGGCACCACCCAUCACUGGGUCACGACUGGUGACCCCCACAAAGUGCUUGCUAAAGAAGCACCACGAUCAUAAAGCGGUAGUGGGGGUUGAGGAGUUAGCCGCAUCAUCGCGGUGCCGGUGGUCACCCAAGCGGUUUGAGGCGGCUGCACACGUUGUGGCCGAGAUCUUGGAUGCGAGCGGCAGCAGGCGAAUGUUGCGCAAGGAGGUACGUGAUGCCGCUCGUGGGCGCAUCGGGGACACAGGCCUCCUCGACUUCGUGCUCAAGUCUCUCAACAAUUGCGCAGUCGGCCCUCACCUCAUCCGUCGCACCGUCAACCCCAAAACGAAGGUCUUAGAGUACUCGUUGUUAUCCACCACCGAGCGGGACUACUGGGAUGGUGAGGCGGCCACAAAAACCGGGAAAUAUGGGUCAGGAGACCACCCUCAAAACCAGAUUCAGGUGGGGAGAAGAAGUGAGAUCGAGAGAGAUCUGGAAUACGUGUACAGGACGGUUUUGGAAGGGGGUUUGGGUGGCAAGGUUGUGGAGGCGGCGAGGCGCGUCGUCCUUGACACGAAGCACCUCACCAAAGAGUGUCCAAUCAGGGACGCGGAUGAGCAGCUGAGGUUCAUGGUGAGUGUGGUGGUGGCCGAGGAUGGGGCGGGGAUGUUCUCACGGGGGACUCCGCCACCCGAGCUCGUGGUGGUGCCGCUCCAUGCCACAGUCGGUGACCUAUGUGCCGAGGCGGAGCGUGCUUUCCGCGACACCUACUGCGUCAUGGAGGGCUUUGCAGCGGAGGACCUGAUCUGGCCUCACGGCCAGGAGGUCAGCGAGUCGGAGCUUCUGUUCGGAGUGGCGGAGUCAGGGAUGGGGGUGUGGGUGAGAGGGAGAGGGGCCGAGAGGGGGGAGGCGAGGCUGAGGUACGAAGGUGGGGUGGAGGAGUGGAGGGUGGAGUGCGAGUGCGGUGCGAGGGACGACGAUGGGGAGCGGAUGGUGGCGUGCGACGUGUGCGAGGUGUGGCAGCACACUCGGUGCCUUGGCAUCGCUGACGCCGAGGUGGUACCGCAGCUCUUCUUCUGCGCCAGGUGCGGCUCCGCGCUGCUCCCUCCUGACAUGCUCCCUCACGAGCCCUUGACCAUGUGAUCCUCUGUUUUUCCACUCCACUUUUGUAGUCAUUGUUUGAGGGCCAAGGAGCUUGGAGAGUCCUUGGCUUUGUAUUUUUAACAUUCUUUAAAAAGCCACCCACCCACCCUAUUGGCUCAUUGUUUUGCAGAGGGUUUGAGUAUUAUUGGCUCGAUGCCUCUUGCCCUCAAUUUUGAACCAUAACCAACCUAUGUGGUGGAUAUAUUUUUUUUUUUUAAGAAAAUGUAUAUGAUGGGAGCAUUUAUUUUUAAUACAAGAAGGGCACAUUCUAUUC